GCUCAUCGCGCAACUUCCUGUCGCUGUAAUUCCUCAUUGCUAACGGAGGCUUCCUAUCUUAGCCUAGCCAGCUAACUCCACAAACAGAAAAAAAACACAACAAUAAUGUGUAUUAAGUUAACGUAUGAUAUUACGUUCCGGAAUAAUACAGGCGUUAAAAUGUGAACGAACAGAGAUCGAUUAGAGAGUCAAAGCGUUUCCGUUAGUUUCAUACUGUAUUGUAUGUUAUAAUGCUAGCUCAGGACUCUAGAUAUUUUUUUGAUGGCAGCUAGCUUAGAGUUUCACGUUUUCUUUGUUCGUCGCUAAAAUUACAUUUUAGGCCAGAUUGUGACUCAACCGCAAAAACGAAAGUUUCUCUUUUGUAGGGCGAUAUUGAUUUGUGUUGACACCUGUUAGCUAGCGCGGCUAGCUAGCGCUCUCCUCAGACUGAUUCUACUGGAAAUGGUAGACGCCCUCAUGUGCCCAUGGAGAAGGCGGCUUUCGAGAGGUGGCUGGAGUCAGUUUCUACCUCCUUCCUGGCGCUAAGCGACCAGCAGCGCAACCAAUCGCUGGACCACCUCAUCUCACUGAGCGGUGCCGCCCAGCUGCGACACCUGUCCAAUGGGCUGGAAGCGCUGCUGAAGCGGGAUUUUCUGCGCCUGCUGCCUUUAGAGCUGGCCUUCUACCUACUCCGCUGGCUGGACCCCCAGACCCUGCUCACCUGCUGUCUAGUGUGCAAACAGUGGAAUAAGGUCAUCAAUGCCUGUACAGAAGUGUGGCAGAGCGUGUGUCGAGACCUCGGCUGGCGCAUCGACGAGUCCAUCCAGGAUGCGGUGCACUGGAAGGGUGUUUAUCUGAAGGCCAAACUGCGCAUGAAGCAGCUGAGGGAGGAGGAUGCGUUUGAGACAAGCUCUCUGAUUGGACACAGUGCUCGAGUAUAUGCUCUCUACUAUCGGGAUGGGCUCCUCUGCACAGGUUCCGAUGACCUGUCAGCCAAACUAUGGGAUGUUCGCACAGGGCAGUGCGUCUACGGCAUUCAGACCCACACUUGUGCCACUGUCAAAUUUGAUGAGCAGAAACUAGUAACAGGAUCUUUUGACAACACCAUUGCAUGCUGGGAAUGGAGCACUGGUGCCAAAAUCCAGCAAUUCCGAGGACAUACUGGGGCAGGUUGGUGUCAAGCUUUGUCAGCUAAUGGCACAAAGAAGAUCAUAUUCAGCAUAGACUACAUUGAUGAGUUGGACACCCUGGUCAGCGGCUCAGCAGACUUCACUGUAAAAGUCUGGUCCCUGUCUGCAGGAACCUGUGUCAACACUCUUACUGGACACACAGAGUGGGUCACUAAGGUGCACCUUCAAAAAUGCCAAGUGGAGUCCAUGAUGCACAGUCCUGGUGACUACAUACUACUGAGUGUUGAUAAGUAUGAAAUAAAGGUGUGGCCUAUAGGGUGUGAGAUCAACUGUAAGUGCUUAAAGACCCUCUCUGUGUCAGAAGACCGCAGCGUCUGCUUGCAGCCACGAUUACAGUUCGACGGCCGGUACAUUGUCUGUUGUUCGGAUCUAGGCAUAUACCAGUGGGACUUUGCAAGUUUUGAUGUCAUCAGAGUCAUCAAACCACAGCAGGAACCCUCCAGCCUCUCUCUGCUUGGUUUCGGCGAUGUCUUUGCUCUGCUUUUUGAUAACCACCACCUCCAUGUUAUGGACUUGAGGACUGAGGUCACUGUGGGCCGCUGGCCACUGCCAGCCUACCGCAAAUCCAAACGUGGUUCUAGUUUCUUACCUGGCGUCACCUCCUGGCUCAAUGGUCUGGAUGGCAAGAACGAUGCGGGCCUGGUGUUCGCCACCAGCAUGCCCGACCAUAGCAUUCAUCUGGUUCUUUGGAGAGAGAACGGCUAGAAACACAGAGGUGGUGAAUACUAGCCCUGUGCUUUGAAAUCAGGCGAGACUUUUACUAACACAACAAAAAGAAGAAAAAAGGGUGCUCUCCAUUUAAAAAAAAAAAAGAAAAAAAAAAAAAAAAAAGAAA